AUGGCCACUACAAUUUGUCCAGUAGCUGGAAAGGAUUUCGUGGCGCAGUAUUAUGCCUUGGCGACAGCAGUACCCGAGAGUUAUACUACUACCACCGUUCUCUCAACUCGCGUCGCUACCAUUACUACCUGCCCAUCGAUCAUCACAAGCUGCCCAACCUCUGCCGAAACCACUUUGCUUAUGACUGAAACUCUCUUUAUCUCAACUAUCGUUUGUCUCAUCACCGGCGCUGGUCUCGCAACCGCCACGUCCAGAUCGGGUGUCAUUUCCCUUCCAGUAGUUACAGCGAUGGUCUUUGUGUCACCGAUUUUUAGCACCCAUGCUUCCACUUUGACCUCUUGUCCCUCUGGCGUGUCGGAUUGUCCCGCGUCCGAGGCUACUCUUAAGGUUACGACAGAAACAUUCCUCGUCGGCAAAAUUACUUAUACCUUACCUGUACCAGCUUCAACUUAUCCUGUCCAGGUUCUUCUAUCGCCAUUGUUUUUCUCAUCUUUCGCUUCCGGAUUAGGCGGAAAUGCUGCCGUUACUGGUGCACUGAAUCAUCACAGCACUAGUGGUAUUGGUAAGAGUACCCCAUACAAAGCUCGAUCAGACUUAGCCGUACAAAAGGGUUUUCAGGUAGUUUUGACGCCAUUUCAUGGUCACUGCAAGGUGGCAAAUGUUGUCAUCAGGGAAUAUCCUUCGGCUUGGUUCAAGGUCAGUCUCUGA